AUGCCAAUUCCAAGUAAGCAUACAAAUAUCGGCCGUUCUCAGAGCUGGGAUGCUGCAGGAUGGUAUGAAGGCAACUGGGAGAAUGAAAAUGCAUUUGAAUAUCAGAGACCAACAGGGAGGAGAAAUUCGCUGACUUACGGUGGAGAAGGAGGUUGGUAUGAGCAUCCAAACCAUAGACCGCAUGAUAUCAUCUUGCAAGGAGGUGCUGAAUUGAAGCAAGAGCCAUACCCAUAUCAGGAUCCAGUUUUUAACCAGGGUCCCUUACGGAAGGGUUCUGUUCCCGACUUCACUUACUACGACAGACAGGCUGCAAUGUCUGGACGAAGCUCCUUGCCAUCUCAGGAUUAUUACAGUGACCCAUCUUUAGCCGCUAGAUCACCUAAAGAUCCACGCUGCUAUAGAGAACACAUGAUUAAUAGAUCAUUACCGAAUUAUGGGAUUCCCAGUAGCAGAUUGGCUUGGGAUCAGGUACAAGGACGGUCACCUGCCCCACACGAAGCCAGCCGUAUGUAUAGGGAUCCCAUGAGUAAAAUGAUCCAAGAGGGGCAGAGAAUGCAAAACAGAGAUCCUUCUCCUGCAAGAUAUGGUGUUGAACAGCCCACCCCUAGAUAUGGAACAGAACCUCCGUUAUUUCCCAACAGACAGGUCUAUAGUGAUACAUCAGAGAGACCGAUAGAGUCUGCAGCUGCUAGACAAACUACUGCAACGUGCUUGGUAGUCGAUCCAAAUUCUGCUACUGUUCCUGAUGGGAGCAUAGGUCCAUCUGCCAUUGCUGUAAAUCGUGGUUAUGGAUCCAUCAGGGAAAAUGUCAAUGCAAAGAUUCCUUAUGAUAGUUAUGAAACCGCCAUGACUCCUUCCCAUCCUCAGAUGCCCACGGCUUUCUCAGGACAAGACAUUAAAAGAAACGAUCCGGAGUUCCUAGCACUUCUGCGUUCAGAAGGCGUGUCCGAAAGCACAUUCAAUGCUUUGCUGCAGCAAGGGUUUGAUUCUCCAAGUCUGCUCGCGAUGAUGGAAGAGAAUGAUAUAAAAUCUGUAGCUCCAAAUCUUGGACAGGCAAGGGUGCUUUCCCGCAUUGCCCAUAACUGCAAAACAGAAAUGCAGCUACAAAGGCAUGAUAGGAAGAACAGCACACUCCGUCCCAGGACCCGAUCUAACAGCUUUAGUCAUCGAAGUGAACUGCUGCAGAAUGAAUAUGGCAUGCACCCUGCCACAGGUCCUGGUGUGGACAGCACAACUAUGCAGCAACCACCUCCUCCUUCUCUACAGCCAGUAUCACCAAGAGUAGGAGAAAUAAAUCGUCGCCCAUCCAGUGCCCCCACACAGCACCUUCUGGAAACUGCAACUUAUUCUGCAUCUGGGGCAACUCAUCAAGGUGCUCAUUUUCUAGCUAAUUCUGGGUACAACACUCCUUUACCAUGCAACAUGCACACUCGUCCAGCGUCUGCCUAUUCCACUCCAACUGGAUUACCAGGGACUACAGUGCAGACUAACCCACAUGCAAGUCCCAAAACAGCAUAUCCAACCACUUACACAGUGCCCAUGGAGCUGCUGAAGAGGGACCGAAAUACAUCAAUGUCCCCAAUGCAUAGCCCACACGGCAGCCCUCAUCUUCUCCGAAAGCAAGGAGCCCAAAUGGAUUCCACCCUUGCACUUGGUGGCCCAAGUUUUCACAUGCAACAUUCUCCUUAUCAGAAACUCACCAGACGCACUGGACCACCAGUUAUUGUCUCAACUAUGGCAUCACCUGAACCAAGUAUUCGCCCACAAAUAAUGAAUGGCCCUAUGCAUCCUCGUCCUUUGGUCGCAUUGUUAGAUGGAAGGGACUGUACAGUGGAGAUGCCAAUUUUGAAAGACUUGGCUACUGUUGCAUUCUGUGAUGCACAAUCAACUCAGGAGAUUCACGAGAAGGUAUUAAAUGAAGCCGUUGGGGCAAUGAUGUACCACACUAUCACCCUCACCCGAGAAGAUCUAGAGAAGUUCAAGGCCUUAAGGGUCAUCGUUCGAAUAGGCAGUGGCUAUGACAACAUCGAUAUCAAAGCUGCAGGGGAGCUCGGGAUUGCUGUCUGCAAUAUCCCAUCAGCAGCUGUGGAAGAGACUGCAGAUUCCACCAUAUGCCAUGUCCUAAACCUCUACAGGCGGAACACUUGGCUGUAUCAAGCACUGAGGGAAGGGACCCGGGUGCAGAGUGUGGAACAGAUAAGGGAGGUGGCCUCGGGAGCAGCUCGGAUCAGAGGAGAAACUCUUGGCCUCAUUGGAUUUGGUCGCACUGCGCAGGCAGUUGCAGUUCGAGCCAAGGCAUUUGGAUUCAGUGUGAUAUUUUACGACCCGUACCUGCAGGAUGGGAUAGAAAGGUCUCUGGGUGUCCAGCGAGUCUACACGCUCCAGGACCUGCUAUAUCAGAGUGACUGUGUAUCGUUGCACUGUAACCUUAAUGAACAUAAUCACCACCUUAUCAAUGACUUUACGAUUAAGCAGAUGAGGCAGGGAGCAUUCCUAGUAAACACAGCGCGCGGUGGGCUUGUGGACGAGAAAGCCUUAACCCAAGCCCUGAAGGAAGGAAGGAUACGAGGAGCAGCGCUUGAUGUGCAUGAAUCAGAGCCGUUUAGUUUUGCUCAAGGCCCAUUGAAAGAUGCUCCUAAUUUAAUUUGUACUCCGCACACUGCUUGGUACAGUGAGCAGGCAUCCCUAGAGAUGAGAGAGGCUGCUGCUACUGAAAUCCGCCGCGCAAUCACAGGUCGCAUCCCAGAAAGCCUAAGAAACUGCGUGAACAAGGAAUUCUUUGUCACAACAGCCCCAUGGUCAGUAAUAGAUCAGCAAGCACUUCAUCCAGAGCUCAAUGGUGCCACAUACAGAUAUCCACCUGGCAUGGUCAGUGUUGCACCUGGAGGGAUUCCAGCAGCAAUGGAGGGCAUCAUACCUGGAGGCAUUCCCGUUACCCACAAUCUUCCAACAGUGGCACACCCUUCCCAAGCUCCAUCUCCUAACCAGCCCACAAAACACGGGGACAACAGGGAGCACCCUAAUGAGCAAUAGCAGCUAAUUUAAAAAUUAUUCAAUAAACUUGGGACCAAGAGACAUUGGAAAAAAAAAGUUAUACAGGAACUAAAAGGAAUUUGAUACAAAAUUUGUAAUGUUGAUUUUGGACAGAUGCAUCAUUGAUGUUCCAGUGUUAACUACAAUGCGAUAGCAGUCAAGACUGGGGAGAAACCCUGAAGAAGUCACCUGCUUUACUGAAGUACUGACAACUAGGAUGAUAUACAUUAAUGAUCAGCUUCGAUUACUGUGUGUUAAGUUUCCUUCAUCUGUGCAUCAAUCACAAGAAUAAAACAGAUUUCCCCUUCUCAGCCCUUGGGAAUAGCAGGGCCAUUCACCUGUAUUUACAGUGUUGCAUCAAGCAAACCUGAAAGAGUUAACAUGAGAAAUUUAAGAGGAAACCAUCAUGUGGAUUCAGCCCCUUCUUUAUUCACUUGUCUGGUUACCUCUUUUUACAGAAGGAGAAAAUACUGGCCUAGAGAUGAGGAAAAAAAAAUGUCUUGGUGCAGUCCUAGCUGGCCAGUAAUAUAUAAUGAAAGUUCUCUUAAUAAAGUUUAAUUAUAGCCAUUCAGGCCUGGAAGGUUAGGAUGUGAAAAAAAGGUGUCAGUAAAAUAGCUCCCCUCCUAAAACAUGAAAGUAGAAAUGUUUCUCUCAUCUGACCGACACACUGAAUAAAGUAGCUGUAAAUUCAGUUAUGCCCCCCAGGGAUGCAAAAAAAAAAAAAAAAAAAAAAAAAGUUUCUCACACUAUUUGUACUCGAAUAUAUUUUCUCAGUUUUAAAUCUGCAGCUAUUUUAUCGAGUGCAAACGUCUUGAGCUGGAAAGGGUUCAAGAAGAAUAAUGUUGCAUUUCCUUAUGUCUCAGGAAACACUUUUUAUGGUAACUUGUCAGACUGUAUGAACAAAACCCACUUUUUUAGACAUUGAUAAGAGUCUUCUUUUCUUCACGUGAUAUUUUAUACAAGGACACUUCAAAAAUGUGUUAUUAGAUGUGACUGAUUUUAACAAAUCCUAUUAGAUUUGUAUCAACUAGUUACAUGUUAUAUUCAUAGUCUUUUGUGAAUCGCCUUUUUGUUUAAAAAGAUGGCCUGUUUUGAGCCUUUGUAUGGGGGAGGGGGGUGUUGCAUUACUGUUUCUGUGACAAAAAAAAUCUUAAACUGUCCCAAACAGAAAGAACAAUGGCUAUCAGAAGUAUGUUUUGUUUUAAUGUGUUACCGUUAUUGUAUUUGUUUAUCGUGAACGUGGACAUUUAGCGUUCAGUGCAGUUUUCAAUAAAAAGUGAUAAAAUUUCUAUAAUUUCUGCAACGUAGAGCCCUCAAUGCAAUUUUAGGAUGCUUAAAAAUAGAAACCCUUUGAGAAUGUAAAGUAAGUUAUAAAUGUGAUCAUAACAGCAUUAGUAUCCACCUCUUAAAAAGACCUCAUGGCUGCACAACUCACACAGUGAGGUAGAGCAGAUCUUCAGCUGCUAUAAAUUGUCACAGCUAUGACAAUUUACACCAGCUGAGGAUCUGCCCUGAGGUUUUACUCCAUGUGUAGAUAUUUAUAAUUUAGAAAUUCUGGAGAAACUCAAUUUAACCUUGCUGAUUCCUUAGGCAGUUCAGUUUUAGAAAAACUUGCUUGUGUUACCUUCUGCCCCAUGAUUUUUUACUUCUUAGAAAAAUGCAUUUUGGAUCCAUACCUUGCUAAUAUUUAAAUUCUGUGCAACUUUCGUUUACCCUGCAUAUUAAAGAAACUCACCCUCAUGAACAGUGUGCUUUGGGGAAGGAGCUAGCCCUGGGUUGUACAACCUUUUUUUAAUAAAAGUGUUAACACUUAUCUACACUAGACAGAGAAAAUAUUAAACUUGAUUCUCCAGAAACUUGCUAAGUCUGACUGAGCACUAGCAGCUUCAAACUUCACUGCAUGGAG